CGAUUCUGGAGAAGGGGGAGGGAGAAUCGCUCAAAAGAACUGGCCCCAAAAGCUUCGAGUUUCCGGGACCGCCCACCGCCGCCACCACCGCCCUGCCGCCGAGGACGCCGGCGGCGGCUUCAGCCAGCCAACGCGUCGCCGUCGCCUUCGAUCUCCACCGCCCGCCCCCACCGCCCGUCUGCAAGGCCUGCAAUCUCUCCCCUCCACCCUCGUCCAAACCCUAGAGAGUUUUUGAUCGUGCAAAGCCCUAGCAAACUGUGUGUCACCUCUGGGUCCGCCCAGCCUGCUGUUUCUGGGCUCCAUGGUUGGGCAGACCUCCCGGAUGGCCUGCUCGAAUCCAUUAUUGCUCUGUCAGGAUCCUUCCGUGACCUUCUUGCCUUCGCUGCGACCUGCCACUCUUGGCCUGCUGCAUUCUCCUCAUACCCAUCCAAAUCUUCUUUCUGCACCAAAUUCCUACCUCUCCUUAUCCAAUUCAAUGCCUGUGUUCAAGCUCCUGAUCUCCCUUCUAGCAAUGGUCUUCAUGAGCUACACACAUUUAAGGUCAUUGAUCCGACCAAUAAGAAUGUCGCCCUUCGCUGCCAGAUUCCUCGAGACAUUUACCAUGAGAUGGAUUUCGUUGGCAAUUCCUAUGGUCAACUAAUUUUCCGCCAUGGUGAAUAUUGUCUUCUUGUUGAUGUGUUCAAUGGUGCUGAGGUUUCAGCUCCACCUCUCCCAUUCAAUCGCGAUUUCAGGGGGCUCAACUGCAGCGGCACUCUUACAGCUCCACUUGCAUCACCCAAUUCACACCUCCUUGUCAGCACCGUAAACACCCUGUUUGAUUGGCCAGUUGGAAGUGAAUCUUGGUCUGAACUGCAGCUUCAUAAUACAUGUAUAGUACAGAUUGUGGAAUUGAAAGGUCAGUUCAUCGCCAUGGAUGAUUGUUGUAAGAUCUACACUUUGCAGCUGUCCCCCGAGCUCGGUCUGCAAAAGAUGACAUGUGUGGAUUUGCCAAUCACAUUUGUGGAUUCAUGGCUAGUGGUCUGUGGUGACAUGCUUCUCAUGAUCACGAAGCAUCCAUCCUUUCCAAAAGUAAAAUAUAUACCCUACCAACUUGACCUGUCAACCAACCCUGCAAAAUGGGUUGAAGUAAAGCAGCUAAAUGAUUGGGCACUCUUUGUUGGAUGUGCUGUGAGGAGCCGGCCAUUUUCUUGCAUGAGCCUAGAAAGAUGGGGAGGGAGGAGCAAGUCGUUGUACUUCGCAGGCCAUCACUCUUUUGUUUUACAUGGAUUGGGUAUCGAGGGAGAUGUAAAGUUAGAGCACAAAAGAAACUGGUUAUGCAAGCUGCAGCCCCUCUGGGUGUACCCAAGGAUGUUCUACUCAGACAGCCAGUGAUCAUCUCAUGCCACUACAGGUUGCUGCUCUAUGAGCCCCUGAUAAAAAUUUACCCUCGCAACACAGAGCAGGGACUAUCGCAACUUGGGUGGUGGCGUGGUGCCAUUGUAGCACUACUUAAGAGUUUGUUCGGAAUAGCACUGAAACUCUUGCAGUCAGUUUCGUAGCCCAGUAUGUACAACCCA